AGGAGGAGGAAGAGGGAGGAAGGAGAGGAAGAGGGACUAGGGCCAAGACACGUAAUUCACCCCCUUUUCUCUUGGCGCCAAUCUGGCGGAGAAAAAAAAAACUAUUUUGGUUUUUUUUUUUGGUCAACUUUAGUGUAAUCAAUCGUGAGCAUAUUAUUUUGUAGCCAGUGGCGUUAGGUAGUUUGCUAAAUCGCUGUAGCAUUUUUACAUAAUCUUUACACCCCUUUUUCUUUCUCUCUCCCCCCCCACCAAGAAACCACAUUCACUGAGCGACUAAGUUAGCAACAGCAAGACACAGCGGUCGUUUACAGAAAAACAGCGAUAUGGGGAGGAAGUCAAACAAAGCGAAGGAGAAGAAGCAGGCUCGUCUGGCGGAGAGGGCAGCCAUGGAUGCAGUGUGUGCCAAGGUGGACGCAGCCAAUAAGCUGGACGACCCUUUGGCUGCUUUCCCAGUCUUCAAAAAGUAUGACAGAAACGGAUUGAAUCUCCAGAUCGAGUGUAAGAGGGUGUCCACUCUCAACCCCAUGUCUGUGGAGUGGGCCUACGAGCUGACCCGGACCAACAUGCAAACACUGUAUGAGCAAAGCGAGUGGGGAUGGAAGGAGAGAGAAAAGAGGGAUGAGAUGAAAGACGAGAGGGCGUGGUAUCUGCUGGCUCGAGACACAGACUCCUCCCCCGUGGCCUUCUCUCACUUCCGAUUCGAUGUCGAGUGCGGGGAGGAGGUGCUAUACUGUUAUGAGGUCCAGCUGGAGAGUAGGGUGAGGAGGAAAGGACUGGGCAAGUUCCUCAUCCAGAUACUACAGCUCAUCGCCAACAGCACACAGAUGAAGAAGGUGAUGUUAACAGUAUUCAAACACAACCACGGGGCGUACCAGUUCUUCAGAGAAGCUUUACAGUUCGAUAUCGACGACACCUCCCCCAGUAUGUCUGGUUGUUGUGGCGACGACUGCACCUAUGAGAUCCUGUCGCGGCGGACCAAACAUGCCGAGGCCCAAGCAGAGGCCCAGGGGCACAGCCACGGUGGAGGAGGGCACUGUGGAGGCUGCUGCCACUGAGGGAGCCUGUUCCUAUUUCACCACUUCCUGCCCACUUCCUGGUCCCACGCUCUAGAAGCUGCCCCUCGUCCGCUUCUCUGCUCAUGAGUCAUUACUGUACACAACCUCCAAACGCCCCAAAAUCCCUGGCCCCCUCUAUAUCCCACCCUAUCUCUCAUCCGUAUCCCUCUCUUUCUCUCUCAUCCGUAUCCCUCUCUUUCUCUCUCAUCCGUAUCCCUCUCUUUCUCUCUCAUCCGUAUCCCUCUUUCUCUCUCAUCCGUAUCCCU